AUGAUUCGGCACUGGGCCUCAGUCCUCUAUCCGCUCGAUAUGAUCCGGCAUCGGCUACAAAUGAACGGAUUCGAACGGAGGGGUUUUGGCAAAACGUCGGAUUACCGUAUUGGAAUGAUCCGAACGAUGUUGAUGGUGGUUCGGAAUGAGUCUGUCUAUGGCCUGUUCAAAGGACUUUGGCCAAGCCAACUCAAGGCGGCGGCAAAUUCAGGCUGUGCUUUCCUAUUUUACGAAUUAUUUUGUGAUUUACUGAGAGCGAAUAAGGAUAAUAGCUGGCUCGUCUCUGCCCAAGCUCUGUGUUUCACUGUUUCCAAAUUGGUGUUUGGUGUGGCAUCUGAUCGUGUUUCAUCUGUGAGGAUUAUAUCAUUCGGAUUUGUUUCCUCAUUUCAUCAAAUUCUCCUGUCUGUGGUAUGCAUUGGCUGUUUUCAAGGCGCAGCCUGGGUACCAGCUACCAAGCUAGUUGGAAAAUGGUACACUGAUCAUUCAUACGCAAAGAUGUUCUCAAUACUCGGAUGUGGUAGCACGGUUGCUGGUUUCUUCACUCUGUUGUUCUCUGCCUGUUUUUACUAUACGCUGCGCGGUGACGACAUUAAGCCACAACAUAUAGAGAAGGAAAGCUCCCUGUCCCUGAUCUCACUCACCUAUUCACCAGUGAUUUGGAGUGUGGCUGCAAUGUAUCUGUUUUCUAUGGAGGUUCGAACAAUAUGUGAAACGUGGAUUCCUCUUUACGUGGCUGAAAACGGUCUCAGUCUUGCGACUUUUCAAGUGACUUAUGAAAUAGGAGGUUGCCGGCUUUUGAGCGUAUGCCGCUCAGAUAUGUUGCUGCAUCAUCAGAUUUUGCGUAUCUUCUUUCUGUUGGAUCAGGUACUUGCCGGAUCGCCACUGGCAUUCCUCAUCGACAAAUUCGGUUACGAUUGUUUCUUACCGUUUUUCUUUAGUCAUAUAGCAGUCCUCAUAGCCAUAACGUCUAUGGAUUUCGGGUUUCAUGUUAAGGGCAAAAAACAGGAUUGA